UAGCACUCUUUUCCCCUAUAAAUAACUCUAAAUAAUCUGAAAUGAGCAUAAUUAGGAAGCAUGGCUAGUAGCAAAGUCGGCAUCCUUACUCUCCUUUUAAUCUGUGGGCUGUUUUUCUUGGGAAGCAAUGUGCAAUAUGCUGAAGCCCAAAAGAAAGUUUGCCCAAAAAAUUGCCUCAAAUUUGGGUAUAUGACUUGCCCAAAAUCUGGUUCAAGGAGGCUCCAUCCAGGCUGCACAAACUGUUGCAAAAUCAAAAAGGGUUGCAAACUUUAUCGACCUAAUGGAAGCCUUAUUUGUACUGGAAAACCAAGAUCCUUCAUGUCAAACUCUGAUUUUAAUUUGUGUUUGAUAUACUCAAUUUCAAAUUUAUUGGCACUAGUAAGAAACAAGGCAUCAACAUAA